GCUACUACUUCAUCACCCUAAGCCAUCAUCAUGAAGCUCUCCAUGCUCUUCCUUGCCGCCAUCGCUGCCCCGGUUUUCGCCACGGCCGGAGGUCGCUGCUCCAGCGGAUGGGGCGAUGACUGCAUCUGCCUCGACUACAAGGAUUGCCGCGACAAAUGGGGCGGACAGCCGCACUCUGGCUCCCCGGGUAACAAGCCGUGCCCCAACGACCCUGACCACAUCAGGGGCUGUAUUGUGAAGCCCUGCCACGGUCAGGGCAAGGGCACGCAGUGCCUCUGGAAGAAUUCUUGCAAGAAGCCGAACAAAAAACCGGGUUGCCCAGGAGGCCACGACUUUAUCUGCUGCGACCACUAG